GAGCAAUCGAUGUGCGAAGUAAACAGAGCCACAUCUAUUGCAAGCAAGCGCCCUGCAUUACGCACAACGGAUCACGGUUUCUUAACAUUUUCUGAUCAUUUUUCAAUUUGUAAAAUUUGUAAAAUCGAACAAAAUGUGGAGCAGUGUUCCAAAGCAUCCCGAACAAAGUCGAUUCAGUGUUUCUGAAGAUUUGGAGGAGAUGGAUACGAGUGAAAGUGACGGCGAAAGUGAUCAACUUUCUGGGUUGGAGAGCGCUGAUUCAAUGUCUGAAGCAGCAUUUGAAGAUGGAUUGGAUCCUCUUCAGGAUUUUGAGGACACUGAAGAAAACCCUCCCCUCUCAACAAGUGAGAGUUUUGAUGUUUCUCAGCAGAAAAGGAGACGAUCCAUUCCCACCCCUCUCCCUUAUAUCACCUCAAGCAUGCCUGCAAGACCAGUUGAGAGCAGGCAGGCAAGCACUCCCACCCCCACCCCCACCCCCACAACCUCAGACCCUGAGGAGAGGUGGAAAUUUGUAACUGAGGACGACGUCGAACCUGUGCAGCACCGCUUCUGUCCUGCACGAGCACCUGGAGCACAACUGGAUACUUCAAAAAAGUAUUCCCCGCUAGACCUCUUCCAGCUUUACUUCAGCAUGAACGUCGUUCAGUCUUUGUGUACAAACACAAAUAAAAAUGGAAAAAAGCAGCAGGCCCAGGGGAAAAAAUACCAGUGGGAUCCAGUUUCAAUCAAGGAGCUCUACCAGUUUUUAGGAAUCCUAAUUUUCAUGGGGCUACUGACAACUCACACCGUGAGGGAUUACUGGAGUCCACGUAGGCCUUAUGGAAUCCCAUUCUGUCACACUGUGAUGUCCAGGAAGAGAUAUGAAGCCAUCGCUUGGACUCUGCACAUAAGUGACCCAGAGGAAGAUAAAGAGAAUGAUCAGAAGAAAGGAACUCCACAACAUGAUCGCCUCUUCCGUCUCAGACCCCUCUUGGAUUCCCUCCUCCUGUCCUGCAAGGCAUACUACCACCCCCGACAGAACCUUUCAAUUGAUGAACGCAUGGUGGCCUCAAAAGCCAGGAUCGGGUUCAAGCAGUACAUGAAAGCAAAGCCGAUAAAAUGGGGCUUCAAGCUGUUCGUGCUGGCUGAUGCCCACAACGGGUACACAUGUGAUUUCAACAUCUACACAGGAAAAUCCAAAUCGGAUUCUGGGAAAGGACUGAGUUAUGACUCCGUUAUGAACCUCAUAAAGGUGUCAUACUUAGGCACAGGGUACCAUGUGUAUGUUGACAAUUUCUACACCAGCACAACACUGUUUCGGGACCUUUACAAGCUCAAAUUUGGAGCAUGUGGGACCAUUAGAGAAAAUCUUCAGGGCUUCCCACGGACAAAAGAAAACGCCCUCCCUAAAAAAGCUGAUAGGGGGACAAUUCGCUGGAUACGAAGUGACAAACUGCUGUACACCAAGUGGAUGGAUACACGUGAAGUGACGAUGUGCAGUUCCAUUCAUAAAGUGUACACAGGAGACAAAGUCCAGAGACGGGUAAGGAAUGAAGAUGGGACUUGGGGAAUGCGGAAUGUUCCUGUUCCUACUCCUGUAAAGGCCUACAAUCAGCACAUGGGAGGAGUGGAUUUGUCAGAUGCCCUUAUAAAGUACUACAACAUGGCACAGAAAACACAAAAGUGGUACAAGAAAAUUUUUUAUCAUUUCAUUGACAUUGCUGUUGUCAACAGUUUUUUGCUCCAUAAGGAAUUGGCACAGGCUCAAACUACAAAGGCACUUUCACAGAAAACGUUUAGAGAGGAGCUAUGCAAGCAGCUGGUGGACAUCAGGCUUGUGGAGCAGGAGGCCAGUGUGAGUACAGGUAAACUCUGUGUCCCUGUAGCCAUUACAGAGGGCAAGGAACUCGACCCCUCCAUGAAGACCUCCUUCGGGCGUAGACACUGUGCUUUGUGCAAUGAAGGGAAACUCAGGAACAAAACGCCCUGGAAAUGUGAAGCCUGUGAUGUGCCAUUAUGUGUCAUUGUGGACAGAAACUGCUUCAAGAAAUGGCACAUGCGUUAGGAAAAAAAAACUUUAUAGCAACUUAGGGAUGUAAGUAGUUCAUUUGUUCAUUUUGUACAGUUCGUGGUGUUAUUAGGUUUUUGUUCAGUUGUAUUCAUUGUUUGAAAAAGAAAAUAUUUGAUUUGAAGUAAACACUUUUUUUUGAAAAAAAAAAAAAUCCCUUCGUUAUUUUGCUUCUUGACAUUUACAUACUUUCAAGUGAGUAACAAAAAUACAGAAUCAAGUACUGAAAAUUCAGAGCUUCAGAAAAGUCUCAGUAGCAACAUUCUCCUGCACAAACAGACAGUUAUGUGAGAGCAGUGUGCCUGACAGUUGUGGCAUAUGGAUUGAGAGGAUUUGUCAUGCAUACUCAUCAUGGAUACAUUUCGGGCACCACAAAGCUCUCCAAAAAGGCCACCUUUUGAAUGAAAUAUUGGACAAAAAAAAAAGAGGAUUACAAAAUCUAAUUCAUGUGGCAAUGGAUAGCAUGUGAGGUGCCAGAAGUUCACAUCCCUUUUAGAGCUUAGUGUAUCACUGGACAUAAAGAUUUACACAAUGUUCAUUUUUGGAGAGGUUUGGAGAGGUUUGUAAAAACUCCUGUAGAAUUUGAUCCCUUUGUUCAAACAGUUCCAAAUUUUUACCCAGUAUAUUAGACAUGUUGGUGAAGCACUGGAAAAAAAUCUGGCUCUUUUCAUAUGCUCCAAGUUGAAAAAAUGACUAUAGAACAUAAAAAAAUGAAAAGCGUUUGUUGUUUUUUUAUGUAUUUUUUCUGGAUAUCUCCUUCCAGUGUGGUACUGAGUAAGACUUUUAUCACACCUGAGGUUUUAGUCCUGAUGCCCAAGGGGUUACCUUGAAUUCAAGCCCUGAACCAUGCCUGUGCUGUCUAUACUUUAGAAGAUAUUGUGAUUUAUUUAAGGGCACAGCCCCCCAGGCGGAAAUUGCCUGUGAGGGGCUGGGGUUUUAACAAGUUAAAUGCAGAUUCAGUGCAGACUCUGACCAGUUUAACCAAUGAUCUUUUAAGAAUGAGCUCUGUGAACGCACGCAUUGCAUAAAUCGGUCAGAGUCUGCACAGAAUCUGCUCUGAAUGAUCCCCGUGAACACGCACAAAAAUCUUCUAUCAGUCGCACACACGCCGUUGCACAGCUGUGAAAACAUUUUGUAAACUAGUCUCAAGUAUGCUACCCCCGUUUGUAGUUAUUUUUUUGACUUACUGAAAUACCGGGCUGCAUUAGGAAAUGCAUCACAGCGUCUUUCAAUAUGGAGAGUGCUGAAUUAACGUCAUUGUGUUUAAAUGCAUUAAUCAACCUCACACAAAACUAUGUUAUUAAUGAGGAAAUAAAUGAUUGACACAACAUUAUAUGUUGUUGAUGACAUUAAGAUCAUAAUCCCAUCAUGAUGAGAUAUAUUAUAUAUUUUAUGUGAAAGCAUAUAGAAAACUGUAUAUUUUGUGAUUUUCCCUGUAUUUUAAACACAAUAUUAAUA